GGAGGAGGGCGCCGCCCCAUGGGGCUCCAUGGGGCCGGGUCAUGGGGGGCACCCUGCGGGUGGCCGUGCUGGGCGCCCCCGGAGUGGGCAAGACGGCCAUCAUCCGCCAGUUCUUGUACGGAGAUUUCCCGGAGAGCCACCGGCCCACGGCGGCCCGCCGCCUCUACCGACCGGCCGUGCUGCUCAACGGCGCCGUCUACGACCUGACCAUCAGCGACGGACCCGCCGCCCACCGUCCACCCAACGCCCAGGAGUGGCCAGACCUGAAGAGUUGGGGCCUAAGGGACCCGGAUGCUUUCGUGCUUGUGUAUGACAUCUGCAGCCCCGAGACCUUCGAGUAUGUCAAGAUGUUACGGCAGCAGAUCGCCGAGAACAGGCCGGCUGGCACUCCCGAGGUGCCCAUCAUCGUGGUGGGCAACAAGCGGGACCAGCAGAAGCAGCGCUUCAGCCCCCGGCGAGCCCUGGCGGUGCUGGUGAAGAAGACGUGGAAGUGCGGCUACAUGGAGUGCUCGGCCAAGUACAACUGGCACGUGGUCCUGCUCUUCAAGGAGCUGCUGAGCAGCGUCCUGGCCCGCGGCUGCAAGCACGGCCACCCGGCCAUCCGUCUGCAGGGAGCACUCCACACCAGCCGCUGCAGUCUCAUGUGACCGGGGCGGAGGUGUGAAGAGGGCGCCCAACUUCCGUCCACCACGGGGCUGGGGUGUGGAUCGAGCCGAGGACUUUUUCUUCCCACCCCCGCCCCAGAUCCCCCCGAAGCCAGAGGCGUUGGGCGAUCCGUUCUGCCGGCCAGAAGGGUCGAGACGGGGCUGGCGGUCCCGGGGCAGGGACUUCUCCGGGGUGGCAGGUCGGAGUCGCAAACGUUGGCCCCCGGCCGAGUAGCUGCCCCGAAUUCCGACCGCCUUGAGGGCCGGUGGGGUGGACGGGUCAUGGGACCUUCCUCUCUUGCAAGAGUCCAGGGGCUUUGCCUUACCAGGUGGGAGGGGAGGAGGUGGGGGGGG